UCGAGCGCAUCCUCUCGCCUCGAAGCGCGUAGUUGUGUCAGUGUAGCCGCGACGGUAGCCACAGUCAGUCGGUCGGACAGCAAAACGCACGCAAUCGGUGCCAGGGUUGCAACGGGAGCAUCUAUCGAGGUUCGAGGUUCGAGGUCCUGGAUAUACACCCCGCGGAACAGUGAUCGAUCGCGGCUGGAGGGAACCUUUUUGGUCAGUGAUCGACAGUGUUUGAGUGAAAGGGGAACCCGUCAGGGGGUUGGACAGGUGCUUCUGGUGGUGUUGACACGUGAGCCGAGCCCGCGGUAACAGGUAUCCCCGAAGCGUAGUCGGCGCGCCCUAGGAUGGGACCGGAGAGGAUUUUAUAGCGACGCCUGAAAUAACAAGGAGGAAUACGCGCGCCGGUGAAUCAGCUUCCUACCGCGCUAGUGAAUUUUCCCUGACAGCGGCCACGCGGUGGGAUAUUUCUUUUAUUUCCCGCGGCGUAUCGCCUUCGUGCCUGUUCCCUCUUCGCGCCCGUCCGCCGCAAGGGGGAUUGAGAAAAGCCAGAGCCGCCAGAAACCCGCGCGCGGACCGAACGGGGCUUCCCGACACGCCGCGAGGAGCUUUUCUCGGAAAGGAGAUCGCGACUGAAUGUCACUCAUGCCGCGCUACUAGCUAACCCCGGUACCUGUCGUCGAAGAAGUCGGGAUGGCGAUCGCAAAAUGUCUGAUCGUUGGGAUACUCCUUAUCCUGGAGAUCGAUCGAUCUAUCCAAGGGCAGCUGGUUCGACUAGAUCUAAAUCAUCCUGAGGCGGUGGUGGUAUCGGUCGGCGAGAAGCUCAUCUUACGAUGCUCGUCGAGCUCGAACGGAGAAACGACCUGGUACAAGGAUGACGAAACGUUCCAGCCGUCGUCGCCCAGAAUACGGCUGAUGAAGCAGUCCCUGAGAUUCAAGUAUAUCGAACCGGAAGACGCCAGCUCGUACGGUUGUCUGUUCAAAUCGAACACGACGGCCGAAUGGAGGAACGUCACGAUACGAAUCGACACGUUGCAAAACGACGGCUACCAGCACGAUGUCGACAAGCUGGGAAGCACUCUUGGGGCCCAUCGAGCCGAGGAAGAAACGAACGAAUUGGAAAUCGAAGGGAGAAAUUUGCCAGAGAUCCGAUCGCUACACCUGGACAGCGAGACCGUGGACAGUGACUUGGACAACGAAAAGAGCGACAACGAGACGGCCGGUGAGCACAACAAUACGGCGCCGGAACGCGCGCCGUCGUUCAAUAAGAGCAUCGAGAUGCCGAACGUGGUGGUGAAGCCGGCGGGUAACAUGCUCCGUUUAAGGUGCCCGAGCCUUGGUAAUCCAAGGCCAAACAUCACCUGGCUGAAGAACAACGAGGAACCGAAGAGAAUGCUCGGUACGUUCCUGACCAGCAAGUGGACCUUCAGGCUGGAGGACCUCGUCCCCGAAGACAGCGGGAAUUACACCUGCGUGGUCUGCAAUUACCUAGGAUGCAUCAACCGCACCACCAAGGUCGAGAUUAUAGAGAGCGUGAAACACCGUCCGAUACUGACCAGGGCACCGAGAAACAUGACCGUUCUGAUCGGAGGCAACGCAACCAUGAACUGCGAGGUGCUAUCGGACGCGCAUCGUCACCUCGAAUGGUAUCACGGUUAUCACACUUCUUUCGACACUGUCAACAAAACCAAUCACAGUUUCCGGGUGGAGGUCAAGGAUGGAACGAACGUGCAAAACCCGGAAGUGCUCAAGCUGUACAACGUGACCGAAAGGGACGAGGGUUGGUACACCUGUAUCGCCCAAAACACGUUGGGGGAAACGUUCAGCAGCGCCUAUUUGCGAGUAGUCGAAUCCUUGGACGACAGAGUGCCCAUCCCCGCGAAACCGCAGAUCCUCGUGAACGUCCUGGCCGCGGUUCUGUUCAUCUUCUUCGCCGUGGGCGUCGUGGUGGUCAUCUACAUAUUCCACCGGCUGAAGCGCGAGAAGAUGAAGAAGCUGCUGGCGAUCGAGACCGCGCGCGCCGCGGUGGUCACGCAAUGGACCAAGAAAGUGAUCGUCGAGAAGCAGAAUCUGGUGAACGCCCAGAACGUUCAGGAGCCAUUACUGAUGCCGGUGGUAAAAAUCGAGAAACAAAAGUCUACUGUGGCCGCUGAGGACAGCAACGGCGGCAGCAUAUCGGAGUACGAACUCCCGGUGGACAGCGCCUGGGAGCUGCCCAGGGAACACUUGAGUCUCGGGAACACCCUCGGCGAGGGAGCCUUUGGAAAAGUCGUCAGAGCACAGACCAACACUGGGAAACCUGGUAUUCCCAACGUGGUGGCUGUCAAAAUGUUAAAAGAGGGUCACACGGACGCAGAGAUGAUGGACCUGGUGUCCGAAAUGGAGAUGAUGAAGAUGAUCGGGAAGCACGUGAACAUAAUAAAUCUGUUGGGCGCGUGCACGCAAGGAGGACCGCUGUACGUGGUCGUGGAGUUCGCUCCUCACGGGAAUCUGAGGGAUUUCCUACGAGACCACAGACCGUCCUCUGGAUACGAGCCAACGAUCGGGCAAGAGGCCAAGGAGAAGAAAACCCUGACGCAAAAGGAUUUAGUGUCGUUCGCGUAUCAAGUGGCGAGGGGGAUGGAGUAUCUGGCGAGCAGGCGAUGCAUCCACAGGGAUCUGGCCGCCAGGAACGUCCUGGUCAGCGACGAGUACGUCCUGAAAAUCGCUGACUUCGGUCUUGCCAGGGACAUUCAUUGUCACGACUACUACAGGAAAACGACGGACGGACGGUUGCCGGUUAAGUGGAUGGCGCCCGAGGCUCUGUUCCAUCGGGUUUACACCACUCAGUCCGACGUAUGGUCGUACGGAAUUCUGUUGUGGGAGAUCAUGACGCUGGGUGGCACACCCUAUCCGUCCGUACCGUCCGUGGAGAAAUUGUUCCAGUUGCUGAGAACUGGUCAUCGAAUGGAAAAGCCACCAUGUUGUUCCAUCGAAAUAUACAUGCUGAUGAGGGACUGCUGGAGCUAUCAGCCCAACGAGAGGCCGAUGUUCGGGGAACUGGUCGAAGACCUGGAUAGGAUACUAACGAUCACUGCGAACGAGGAGUACCUGGACCUUGGUCUACCGCAAUUGGAUACACCGCCCUCCAGCCAGGAGUCGAGCGAAGCCUCGGACGACGAGGGAGAGGAGAAAUUCCCCUACUUGCUGUGAACUUCUUAGCCCCGAGCGAUCGGGCUUCACCGAAGAAUGUGUACGAUUUUUAUUACAACACGAACGUCCAUGAGGAACGACGAACGAAAACGAAAGAGGGUCGAGGAAGAACGAAGAAAGUUAAUUCAGGAACGCUGGUGUACGGAGGUCGAUCGACUGACCCCAGCGAACACGCCAAAUAAUAUAAAUCAGUAUUGACCUGUUAGCGCGUAUUCUGUAGAAUUAAGGGACAAAGGCGAAGAAAUAACUGUCGAUCGAACGAAAAGCAAACUCCGGCCUUCGAGGAGACUGAUCUUUUUUUUUUUCUUUUUUUUUUUCAUAACGUGGAGAAAACACUGUAUUUAUUUUCCUGCGUCGUUAAAUACACUGGGAGAGCGAGGUUUUCAGAAACAAUUGCCGAAUUCGUCGUAGACGCGACGAGAUCCCUCAGUAUUGGAACGUUUAUUGUUCCCACGGAUAUUUUUGUACGUUUCUCAGGUUUCGUGGGUUGUUCGAACGAGGAACGAACCGCCUCGAUGAGGUGUAAAAGUGUCCUUUUUACGUCGUCCGAUUUUGUACAUGUUAUCACCGUGCCAUUGAUAAGUGCCUUGGGGUGAAGAGAACGGAAGCUCGGAGUUCCGGCGCCAGGGCUUUCUUGUAAAAAGAAACGGAAAAAAAGGGGAGAGAUACGCGAAGGGAACGGGACGGAUUUAUUCUCGAUGCAAACGUGUUUAUAACUAGUCAAUUGAUGAAACAUUGUACGUUUCGCUGUAACAUAGUUAAACGAUAAAUAUGUGUAUGUUAGGCGUUUUCUACGUGAACGAACUUGAAUGGACAACGACCGCGUAUUUUACUAGGAUUAUUUUUAUCUUCGUGGAAGGAGCGAACAGUUAGAUUCUAAGUGACGGUCGCGAGUCACGGACUCGUUUGGCGUUCUAACGACGCCGGACGGUCCGAUUGGACGUUCCUCGCGUCUAAUUGGCACCGUCGAUGCUCCAAUGACACGCGCGCUCGUUGGAGAUAGGCGGGCUGACGAAGAGCGUAUGUACAGUCGGGAGCGCGAGAGAUCUGACCUGGGUGGGCGGGGCCUCCGUCGGCUAGACAGCUCGCCAGUGUAAAAUUUGCAAUAACGCGAGACCUGUAAACGGCCGUCGCCCAUUUGCCAGAGAGAAUCGACGCGAACGCUCGUGCUCCCAAUACAAUUCGAAUAAUCGUAUCGGAAACGACGUGUAAUUUUGUACCGAGGCAACGAGAGCAUUUUUGCACACGAACAAAUUCGAUCACAUCGUCCACGUUGAUGUAGAAGCAACGGAUGUAUAAAUGGUGCAUGCGAAAGAGGUGCUUAGCAGUAGAUAAUUUAUUUCCUGUAUAUUGUUACUUAGGACGUAUUUUAGGAUCCUUUCUUUUGUAUACCUUCAGACCCUAGAAACUCGAACGAAAUCGUCGACAAUUGUGUAAAAUAUAUAUGUGCGAUACGUUGGUAGAGAGGAGUGUAAUAAACAAACAAACAAAAAAAAAGGAAACGUGCGCCAACCAGAGAUUUUUGUAUAUAGCACCAGACUUGUUUAUUUAAAAGUUUCAUUUUCUUUUUGUUACCCAGCACCUAAAGGUAGCCAGUAAACCAGCAUUUACCAAGGUAGAAUGUAUGUAUAGUUUCUGCGUAAAUAUUGGAUUAUUAUUGUAACGUGAGUUUCAUCUCGAAUAAACCAUUCGAACUGU